GCGUGGGAGGUCACCGGCGCGGCGGGGGGCAGGAGGCAGGAACGUCAAGUCGAAUUUCACAAUUUGUACUUGUUUCGUCACAAAUAUUAAUUUACACCCAAAUUUGUGAAGCGUUUAGAGUAUUAGUGGAAUAGUGAGUUUAUAUAACUACCAAGAAACGUUUAGGUGAACGAUUUCAGCCGUCCAAACUCAAGUAAUCCAAGAUGGCGGAGGUGGGGUUCCCCGGGCAGCACACGACGACCACGACGGUCACGUCCAGCACCACGGUGCAGACCAACAUCAGGUUCGACCCGGCCUACGUGCAGACGGCGCCGGGCGUACUCAAAGUGAUUCAAGUUAUGUGUAGCCUGCUGGGUUUCAUCAGCGUGCAAGCCGCUAGCUACCAGUACAGGGGAUACGGAUCAUUUUACUCCUGGAUCUCUAUGAUCGCCUUCUGGUUCACCGGUAUCCUACUCGGCCUGUACCUGUUCCACCUUGUGGAGAAAUUCUACAAGAUCCCGUGGCUGAAGAUGGAGCUCGGGUUCUGCGGGCUGUGGGCCUUGUUCUACCUGCUGGCGUCCAGUCUGGUCGUCUCCGUGUACAAUAACGCGGGCUACUCCGCUGCUGCGUUCUUCGGCUUCGCAGCGAUGUUCGCGUAUGCCAUCGACGCGUUCCUCAAGAUCCGCGCCGUGCAGGCCGGAGGCCUCGCACAGGGCACUAGAGUCGUGUCCAAGCAGACCACCUCCGCUGUCACCGUCACCACGCCGCCCAGGGAAGGGUAUUAAACUAGUCCACUGCAUAUGUUAAGCUAUGUUCUAGUAGUAUUAUUUGCUAGGGAGCAUAUUUAAUUGGCACUACGUAUCAGCGGGUACCUAUCCGCCGAUAACUAUACUUUGACAAUUAGAUUAGAUCAGCGAUCUCCAAACUACGACUCGAAAGUGCAUGUGUCAUGCUUCCGGCCAAAGAAAAGAGUGUAGGCCUGGCUGUGGCCCCCGGGUCAAACAGAUUGGAAUAGAUCAUCAGAUUUCGGCCUCGUAUAAGGCCGUGACGUAUGUUCUUUACACUGCUCGUCACAUUUACAUUUGCCACUAAAAGCAACUAGCAAAUGUAUGAACACUAAACUCGCAUGGUCUUGAUAUUUGACCGUAUCAAAUUUCUAUUAGACACAUUUCUUCACGCACUGUCUAGUCUAUAAAAAAAAUUAAAUCCUCUUUUUAAUUUUGACGUUAAAUAGGAUGUAGUGGAACCUAAUCAUACGGAAAAUGUAGGAUAAUUAGGGAAGAAAAUUUCAGCCUAUUUGAACUACUUACUGCUUUUAAAGUCAAUUAUGCUGUAUUGGUUAAAGUUCGUCACUUUAGUAUCUAAGCUUUGCCCUGAACAAAGUAACUAUGAGCUGCAAUGAACAUAUUCUAAAAUGUUAUACUUAUAUUAGUUAGCUAAUUUAUAUAAUUAUAAGGAUAACAAGAAACCGACUGCAGUAUCUUUAAAGUAUAUGAAAAAUAUUGUAUUUGCUUUUAAUUUCCUCCGUAUCUAAUAAAAAGACAAAUAGCAAAAGAACAUUUUGUACUGCAGUCGGAUUUAAAACACGAAUUAUGUACUAACAAACAUAACGUAUAGGUUAUUUAAUUUUUAUCACUAAGAACAAAAAUGUACUUAAGUAGGUAAGUACUGUAUUUUUGUUAAUAUUUUGUGUAUUAUUUAAGUGAAAUUAAAAUAAUAACCAAAGAGUAAUGAAAAUCGAUAUUAUUCUUAAAAUUCCGAAUGUAAUAUCACAUUAUUUUUGUAUACGAUAUUUCUUAUACAUAAAUCGCUCAACAAUUUUGGAUUGUAUAUUUGUAAUUUUUAUUAUAUUUCCUAUUGAAUUUUUCGUACAUGCAUUAAAUAAGAAAUAUUUUUAUGUAUAAUUUACUCUUAAAAAUCUAUCAAUUUAUGGGUCAAUUAA